CGCACCGAUUUCUGUGCCGCAUGACGCAACUUAAUACCUUAUGAAAAGUUUUACCGUAUUAAAAAUAUCUACUUUUUAAAAACAGACACCGCAUUUCUCGGAGUGCAUAUUGGCAAUCAUUGCAAUAGAUCCACGAACUCCACUUAAUUUGCAUUAACCUUGUAACGAUUGUUUAAGCGCGUGAAAGAAGACCCACGUGGUGAACAACCCGUUCUUCCUUAGCCUCUCGUGCAUCGUACUUUACGGUGCACUUACCAGCUGCUGGUGGAGGUAGCACAUCUGCACGUAAAGCUCCAUUCGCUAAGCCCCCACGGAUCAACUCGGGUCAUUCAGCUCAACAAAGGGAUGUGAGCGCACGUCUUCAUCAAAGGUCAAGUCUUAUUCACUGCUGCAACUGUAAUGGAUCUUCAAUCUCCAUGCACUCCUAUCCAUAGUUGCCAUGGCAGAGCGUGUGCUGGUCAUUGGCUCCGGCGGACGGGAGCAUGCCCUGGCCUGGAAGCUCGCCCAGUCCCCUCUCAUACAGCAGGUCCUAGUCGCCCCAGGGAAUGCUGGGACUGCUGACUGUGGAAAAAUCUCUAACUCAGGGGUGUCUGUGAGCAAUCACUCCAUCUUGGCUCAAUACUGCAAGGAUCACAAUGUGGGGCUGGUCGUUGUGGGGCCUGAGGUCCCCCUGGCUGCAGGGAUGGUGGACGACCUGACUGCUGCAGGGGUGCCCUGUUUCGGGCCUUCAGCUCAGGCCGCCCAGCUGGAGGCCAGCAAGAGCUUCUCCAAAAGCUUCAUGGACCGCCACGGCAUCCCCACAGCCCGCUGGAGGUCCUUCACCGACCCCCAAGAGGCCUGCUGCUUCAUCCAAGGGGCGGAUUUCCCUGCACUGGUGGUGAAGGCCAGUGGCCUGGCCGCAGGAAAGGGGGUCAUCGUAGCGCGAGAUAAGGACGAGGCCUGCCAAGCUGUGCAGGACAUCAUGAAGGACAAGGCGUUUGGCUCUGCAGGCGAGACGGUCGUGGUGGAGGAGCUUCUGGAAGGAGAGGAAGUAUCUUGUCUGUGCUUCAGCGAUGGCUGCACUGUUGCCCCGAUGCCCCCAGCGCAGGAUCACAAGAGGCUGCUGGACGGCGACCAGGGGCCCAACACGGGAGGCAUGGGGGCCUACUGCCCCACCCCACAGGUGUCAGAGGACAUGCUCCAGCAGAUCAAAGAGAGCGUGCUGCAGAAGACUGUGGAUGGGAUGAGGGAGGAGGGCGCCCCCUAUGUGGGUGUGCUGUACGCUGGGCUGAUGUUGACCAAGCAGGGGCCAAAAGUGCUGGAGUUCAACUGCCGUUUCGGUGACCCUGAGUGCCAGGUUCUGUUGCCCCUGCUGAAGAGCGACCUUUACGAGGUCCUGCAGGACACCAUGCAGGGCAAGCUGGCCUCCAGCGCCCCCACCUGGCUGGACAACAGCGCUGCGGUCACUGUGGUCAUGGCCAGCGGCGGGUACCCAGGAGACUACAAGAAAGGCGUGGAAAUCGCCGGUCUGUCUCAGGCCCGGGAGCAGGGGCUGCUGGUCUUCCACGCCGGCACGGUGCUGAAGGAGGGGAGGGUGCUGACCAGCGGGGGCAGGGUGCUGACCGUCACGGCGGUAGGCCCGAGUCUGGAGACCGCCCUGCACUCUGCCAACCAGGGCGUGGCCGCGGUGGGCUUCACCGGGGCAGUGUUCCGCAGGGACAUCGGCCACCGUGCCAUCGCCUACCUCACCCGAUCCAGGGGUCUGACCUAUAAAGACAGCGGAGUGGACAUUGCGGCAGGAAACAGGCUGGUGGAUGCCAUCAAACCGCUGGCCAAAGCCACUUCCCGCUCAGGAUGCAGCGCCGAGCUCGGUGGAUUCGCUGGGUUAUUUGACCUGAAAGCAGCAGGAUUCAAAGACCCCAUCCUGGUCUCUGGGACCGAUGGAGUUGGUACCAAGCUCAAGAUCGCUCAGGCGUGCGAACAGCACGGCACUCUGGGACAGGACCUGGUCGCCAUGUGUGUCAAUGAUGUGCUAGCGCAGGGGGCGGAGCCUCUCUUCUUCCUGGACUACUUUUCUUGCGGACGAUUGGAUGUGGGGGUGGCAUCCUCUGUGAUUGGUGGAAUAGCAGAAGCCUGCAGUAUGGCUGGCUGUGCUUUGCUGGGGGGGGAGACUGCGGAGAUGCCCGGGGUCUACGGCCCUGGGGAGUACGACCUGGCGGGGUUCUGCGUGGGGGCGGUGGAGCGGGACAGGCUGCUCCCCAGGCUGGGGGACGUCGUGGAGGCAGACCUGCUCAUCGGAGUGGCCUCCUCCGGGGUGCACAGCAACGGCUUCAGCCUGGUGAGGAAGGUCCUGGAGAGGGCAGGGCUGCAGUACAGCUCUCCCGCCCCCUUCGGGAAACCUGGACAGACCGUGGGCGAGGUGCUGCUCACUCCCACAAAGAUCUACAGCCGGCUCCUGCAGCCAAUCCUGCGCAGCGGGGCGGUGAAAGCCUACGCCCACAUCACGGGCGGGGGUCUGCUGGAGAACAUCCCCCGGGUCCUGCCUCCACAGCUGGCCGUCGACCUGGACGCCUCUCGCUGGAGCAUCCCGGCGGUGUUCUCCUGGCUGCAGCGGGAAGGGGGGCUCUCGGAGGAGGAGAUGGGGCGCACGUUUAACUGCGGGCUGGGCGCGGUUCUGGUGGUGAGCCGACAGGAGGCCCAGCGGGUUCUCAGACAGGUGCUGGCCCAGGAGGAGGCCUGGAUCGUGGGCUCGCUUUCACACAAACAACCAGGGGCGGAGCCGGUUGUAAUCCGGAACCUGCAGCACAGCCUGAGGAUGGGUCCGAACACCACGCCCAACACCAGCGCCCCACGGAACGGAGCCGAGCACGGGGACCGGGCGUCCCGCAGGAAGACCAAGGUGGCCGUGCUCAUCUCUGGGACAGGGACAAACCUGCAGGCCCUGAUUGAGCAGGUGAAGAAGCCCUCCAGUUCGGCCGAGAUCGUGGUGGUCAUUUCCAACAGGCCUGGGGUGCUGGGGCUGAAGAGGGCCUCGCUGGCUGGCAUUCAGACCCGGGUGGUGGACCACAAACUGUACGGCAGUCGGUCGGAGUUUGACAGCACCAUCGACCGCGUGCUGGAGGAGUUCGGCGUGGAGAUCGUCUGUCUCGCCGGCUUCAUGAGGAUCCUCACCGGCGCCUUCGUGAGGAAGUGGAACGGAAAGCUGGUGAACAUCCACCCCUCCCUGCUGCCCUCCUUUAAGGGUGUCCACGCCCAGCGACAGGCCCUGCAGGCUGGGGCUCGCAUAUCCGGCUGCACCGUGCACUUUGUGGCUGAGGAAGUCGACGCCGGUGCGAUCAUUGCGCAGGAGGCGGUGCCAGUGCUGGUGAGUGACACAGAGGACAUCCUAUCAGAGCGCAUAAAGGAGGCGGAGCACCGCGCCUUCCCAGCAGCCUUAGAGCUGGUGGCCAGUGGGGCCGUGAGGUUGGGAGAGGACGGGCGGAGCAUCUGGAAGCUGGCAGAGCGGGAGUAACCCCCCUCCAUGAGACACACACGCACUCAACCGCCACACCAGGACCACGUUUAGACUCUAGACCUGACCAAACUCAAAACCACACCUGGUUCCUAUGUGACAAUAGAGAAAAUAAUCAUCUAACUUCCGGUUUUGGCUUAAUGAAAUUGGGUUAAGGCAGUUGUAUUUCUAUUUGUUUACAUAAAUAUUUACAAUAUGUAAAUAUUUUCCUAUAAUAAGUCUAUAUGAGUCUGUCCUAACCCUUUUAACUGAAAUGAUAAAUCCACUGAGCCUACAAAUCACAUUCCUCAUGCAGAGCCUCACUGCUCUCAGCCCUCUCUGCACUUCUCUUAUGACUACUAGCUAUGGCAGUGCUACCUGGAGUCUACCUGUCUGGAGUCAAAGUAGCAGCAACAGCUAUACUUUCGCAUUUUUAACAAUAUAAUUGCAUCCAUUUAAGACCACCUACCAAGCAGCCUUGUCCAUCUAGAUCAGCCUAUCAAAGACAUUCCAAUGAAACGUUUCUGAAAGUAUUCGCAUUGUGCGAGAUGAAGAAUGUUCUGUUAGUACUUGAAAUGAGUUUUAUGAUGAGAUGUCGCUGUAGUUGUAUUAGUGGUUAUGAGUGAAUGGGCUUGAGAUGCAUGAAAAUACUUUACUGCAAGCGCUGAAGGGUUCAAUCUAGUUGUAGUCAGAAAAAUAUGUAUCAAUUUUCCAGGGACUGUGUUUACAGCAUGUAACUGGAAAAAUGUCUUUUUGGCUGUGAAUUGCAUUAAAUAUGAUAAAUGUUA